AUGAGCGCGUGCGGCAGGAAGGCUCUGGCAUUGCUGAGCAGCGUGUUUGCGGUCAGCGGCCUGGGGCUUCUGGGAGUUGCGGUCUCUACAGACUACUGGCUGUACCUGGAGGAGGGGGUCAUCUUGCCCCUGAACCAGACCACUGACAUCAGGACCUCCCUGCACUCUGGACUCUGGAGAGUCUGCUUCCUGGCAGGUGAAGAGGCAGGUCGCUGUUUCACCAUAGAGUACAUCAUGCCCAUGAACUUACAGCUGACCUCUGAGUCCACAGUCAGUGUACUUAAGAUGAUUCGUUCAGCCACUCCGUUUCCUCUGGUCAGUCUGUUCUUCAUGUUCAUCGGCUUUGUGCUAAACAACAUCGGACACGUCCGACCUCAUCGCACCAUCCUGGCCUUUGUCUCCGGAAUCUUCUUCAUCCUCUCAGGUCUGGCUCUGGUGGUAGGUCUCGUGCUGUAUAUAUCCAGUAUUAAUGACGAGAUGUUGAACAGGACUAAGAGCAGUGAGUCCUACUUCAGCUACCGGUACGGCUGGUCCUUCGCCUUCGCUGCCAUCUCCUUUCUGCUCACUGAGAGUGCGGGCGUCAUGUCCGUCUAUCUGUUCAUGAAGCGCUACACAGCCGAGGAAAUGUACCAGCGCCACCACCCCGGCUUCUACCGGCCGCGCCUCAGUAACUGCUCUGACCACUCCGGUCAGUUCCUGCACCCGGAGACCUGGGCACGCGGACGCAGCCCCUCGGACAUCUCCAGCGAAACCUCGCUCCAGAUGAGCGCCAGCUACCCGGCCCUGCUCAAGUGCCCCGACUACGACCAGGUCUCCUCCUCACCCUGCUGAAGGGGUCAUCAGGUCAGGGCAG